CGGAGCUCCAUGUCUGUGGCGAAUGCGAAACACACGGUCCUGAAUCCGGUGAUCCCAUAUACAGGGCCCGUACCCGGAGGCCUGCACCCUGGGGAGAUCAUCAUCAUCCAGGGCAGCGUGCCCCCAGAUGCUGACCGGUUUCAGAUCGACCUGUCGAGCGGCUGCAGCACCAAGCCGCGCUCUGACGUCGCCCUCCACUUCAGCCCGUGCUUCACAGGCCCCCCCAGGGUGGUAUGCAACUCCCUGCUGCAGGAGACCUGGGGCGAGGAGGAGACCCUGCAUCAGCUGCCCUUCAAACGCGGAGCCCCCUUCGAGACCAUCAUCCUGGUGCAUGACAACGUCUUUAAGGUGGCAGUAAAUGGUACUCACCUGCUGAGCUACAAGCACAGAAUCCCACUGAACAGGGUCGACACAUUUUCUAUUUCGGGGAAAGUCAUGGUGUACGCUGUUGGCUACAUCCCAAACUCAGCGAUAUAUUCAGAAUCAGGUGACUUGAGCCUCCCUUACAAAGGCAGUAUUCUGAAAGGCCUGAGCCCAGGGCAGCACAUCACAAUCAAAGGACAGGUCAGCAUGUAUCCUCACAGUUUCACCGUGAACCUCAGCAACAGCAGGACGGAGAACAUCGCCUUCCACUUGAACCCUCGCAUGAAGUCGGUUGUGUUCAUCAGGAACUCGUACCUGAGUGAGACGUGGGGUCAGGAGGAGCGGGAGCUGCCCUUCUUUCCCUUCUCACCGGGGGAGUACUUCGAGAUUCUCAUCCUCUGUCAGUCCCAUCAGUUCAAGCUGGCAGUGAACGGCUCGCACUUGUUCGAGUUCAGACAUCGGGUACAGGACCUGAGCAGCAUCGACCAGCUGGAGAUCAUGGGAGAUCUGGAGCUCACUGAUGUUAAACUGUGGUGACUCGGGACUCCACAGCGACACAGACACCAGCGUUACCGACACCGUCGAGUCUUGGUGUUCGACGGUUAAGUAGCUCAGCCACAAUGACGGUGGAUGCUAAAAACAUCAAAAAUACUGAGCUGACUUCUGGAUCGACUUCCCCCCCAAAAAAUAAGCUAACAAAAAAAAAGCACAGCGAUAUAUUAAACUAGUUCAACCAUUGACAAAAAGAUCCAUCUAUCCAGCUCAGAGGACCGAUGCAUGAGCGAGGGCUGUGUCGGAGAAUCAGGGCUGUGAGCCACCAUGACCGUUUACAGUGUUUACAGAGUUUGGGUUGCCUUGGUUCAUAUCUUCUACUGUCUCCAGUUUCUCUCUGCUGUGAUACGCCAUUAGUGCACUGUAUAAUUAAAACAGCAAGCAUUUCAAUGUUAAUAUUAUGAAGUAGU